AUGAAGACCUGUGUGCUGUUAUCACUGCUGCUGGCGUUGGGUUGUGUGACCAUCAAUGGUGCACCAGUGGAACAUGUUGACAUGGAGCCAGGCUCAUGUGAAGACGCAUCAACAAAAGCAGCUGCUGAGCUGGCUCUUACCAAAAUCAACCAGGACAGGAAGGAGGGCUACAUCUUCAGCCUGCACCACCUGUCCAACGCCCACAUAAAGAGACAUGGAGACAAUGGUGUGGUCUUCUACCUGACUCUGGAUGUUGUGGAGACUGACUGCAGUGUUCUCAGCAGGAAGGACUGGAAGAGCUGUGACAUUCGUCCAAGGGAAAAUAUCAAGGUAUAUGGACAGUGCAAAGCUGCUAUCUUCAUCAGUAAGGUACACAGAGUGGUUCGUCUCUACAAAUACAAGUGUACUAUCAGACCAGUCCCUGCAGGUAGGGUGCAUGAGGGCUGUGCCGGCUGUCCAUAUUUACCUCGCAAUAAUGAGGAAGCUGAAGUUCAGAAGACUGUGACCCACUCUCUGGAGAAAUUCCACAACCAGAGCAGGCCGGCCAAUCGGUUCACUCUGCUCAAAAUCUCCCGUGCUACUGCACAGGAUUCACUCCCCCAUCUGCUGAGAGGCCAGGCCCAUCCCUCAGUAGCCCCUCCCUUUGCCCUGCCCCCAGGCAGUCCUGUGGACAACCUCCGGCAAACUCCCCAGGCUCUGGGGCUGCGCCUGAAUCCCAGAAAGUGCAAGGUACAACCUUCUCAGGUAACAGCCUUUCUGGGCAUGUCCCUGGACUCCAUCAGAGCCUCCAUAUCCCUCGUUGCGGAAAACCAGCAGCUUCUCAGGCAAUCCCAUCGAGCUACAGUGGUGGUUUCCCUAGGGCUCCACUGGGCUCUAGGUUGGUGGACGGACCCAUCCUAUCUAGAGCAGGGUGUGGUGAUUAGCAGUCAGCUAGUUUCCACAGACGCCUCCCAGCAGGGUGGGGUUCUACCGCCUGAUAGUGCAGCCAACCCCUCUUUCAGAGAUCGGGUCCUGGGUGCCCUUCAGCGGCAGCUUUUGUCUCCAGUAUUGGUUGUCGCAGGUUCAAUUUACCGUGUGGAAUACACCAUCCAGGAGACCACCUGCCCCCACAGCACAGAAGCAGUGACGGCUGAGAACUGCCCCCCUAUGGACUGCGAGUUUGCUCACAAGGGCUUCUGUAAGGCAUCCCUCUUCCAGCCUCUCUGGGGUGAGGGAAAAGUCGACGUCAACUGUGAGAUCUAUGAGCCUGAGGCUGCUAAGAGAGAGAAGAAGCUCCACCUGCUGGGCGGAGAGACUGACCACAGCCACAAUGACACACACUCACACAGCCACGACCACACCAAGAGCCACUCUCAUCAUGGCCACAACAGAAACCACAGUGAUGACCACGAUCACCACCACAAACAUGACCAUGCCACAGGCAGUGCCCACAGGCACGCUCAUGACCACUCCCACGACCACGGUCUGAACCAUGAUCAUGUGCACACUCAUCAUGCCAAGGCCCACAACCACAGCGGUGACUCUCCCAACCACCACCACGACUACAAGCAUGCUGAAGGUGGGCACACCCACGAACAUGACCACGAGCUGGCGCUGGAUCAUAGCCAUAAGCAUGGUCACCUGCAUGAACACGAGCACCACCACCAUCACCACGAGCACGAACAUGAGAACACACCCCACGAUGGCGCAAAGGGAACAGUGAUAGUCCUGCCCGCUUUAGGCCAGCCUGUGACCCUGCCUUCCUUCCCUGAUGUCCCCGCCGGUGGGCCUGGAGUUGGAGUCACUCUCCCACUUAAACCCGAUCCUCAGAUUCCUGGACAGAUGGAGCCCACCAUCGAGCCCUUCCCAACCUCAGUCUCUGCCCUGUGCCCCACCAAAAAGGGAGGGGAUCAAGAUGUGGGGAUUCUCUUCGCUAAUGACCCCAUGUUCAAGCCAGCUGCAUAA